GAGAAUUAAGGUUUUUGACUUGUAUUUGCAGGACAGGACCUAUUUUAUUCGCCGUCGCUGUAGGAGGAGGGUUUCCAGGGAAUUUCGCAGAAGGACAGGCGGACCAUUUCCCAGCGUGGUGGCCCUGUUCGGGGGAAGAGCAGAGAGACAAAGAGGGGAGGAGGAGGGGGGUUAAGGGCAGGGAACCUUCUUCUCCUUUCCUUUUCUACGCCUUUUUUCUCUUGCAAUUUUUAGGGUUUUCUUCUUAUUCCUCUUCUCGUCGUCGAGCGUUUUACCCUCUGUCGAUAAAGGAGAUCGCCUUGCCAUCGGAUCUGGCACGUGAAGAGCAGCCCGCAACCGCAAGUAAUUUUGGGCACAAGAUGGAUUUUGGUGGAUCCAAAGGCGAAACUUCGGGAAAACCAUCGCAAAACGCUUCGAGUUCCAGUGGUAGCGGAAAUGGUGAUGCUGGGAGUUUUGAAUGUAAUAUAUGCUUGGAGUUAGCCCAAGAUCCAAUUGUGACCCUGUGCGGUCAUCUGUUCUGCUGGCCUUGCCUCUAUAGAUGGCUUCGUGUUCAUUCGCAUUCUGAUUGCCCUGUUUGCAAGGCGCUAGUGCAGGAGGAUAAGUUGGUUCCUCUUUAUGGUAGAGGCAAAGCAUCAUCAGAUCCUAGGUCUAAGUCUAUUCCUGGUAUGGAAAUUCCAAGCCGUCCUGCUGGCCAGAGGCCAGAAACGGCACCGGCUUCGGAACCCAACCAUUUUACUCAGCAGCCCUUUGGGUUCAUGGGAGCACCUAUGGCGACCACGAGAUUUGGGAAUUUCACUUUCUCUGCUGGGUUUGGACUAUUUCCAUCACUCUUUGGUUUUCAGAUGCAUGGAUUUCCUGAUGCCUAUGGUGCCGCUACUGGUUUCCCUUAUGGGUUCUCUAACCCGUUUCAUGGAGGUCAUGCUCAUGGAUAUCAUCCGCCUUCAACUCAUGCACCGCAGGAUAACAUGUUACAGAAGUACCUACUAUUGGUUGGUUUUUUGGUGGUUAUUUUCUUUCUCUUCUUCUAGCUCCUUCUAGUAUGCAUCAUGCUGGUUUCAUGUGCAGCUUUAAGGUGGAAGAUUUCUGGAAAUGUACAUGUAAUUCUUGUGAUGCAAUUGUAAAUUUUUAGUCGACCUUGCUGUAAGUUUAAGUUUGCUUCCAAAUCUUCUAAAUAAAUUAUUAUACACUAUUCAGAUCA